AUGAUGAAAGGCCCUUUUGGGAGAUUUUGGUUUGGAGUUGGUGGAGGAAUCUUGUCGGCCAUUGUUGUUUAUGUUAUUGGGCUUAGAGGAUCACCAAAAGCAGCUAUGCAGAGCUCGACGGUCUUCUUCUCUGGCGUUGUUCCUCCUUCUCUUCGUCCAGAUGACAUGCCAGCUCAUAUCAAAUCAUCAAUGUUUGGAUGUCAACUCACAAUCCCAAUAACAAAAGGAAAACUUAACAUGGGGACUUGGCAG